AUGUGGUUCGAGACCUGGUUGCUGUCCCUUGUCCAGAUCGUCUUCGGUGAUAUCUCGAACUCCUCGAGCUUCCGUCUGAUUCGGCUGCUUCGCCUCACGCGGAUGGCAAGGAUGGCCCGACUUCUCCGAAGCGUGCCGGAGCUCUUGAUAAUUGUCAGAGCUAUCGCCAUUGCCUUGCGGUCGGUGUUUUUCUUGAUGGUUCUUCUCCUUGGCCUGGUUUAUGUUUUCGCCCUCCUCUUCAGCCAGCUCUUCGACGGCAAGAACCAGCCGCCGGGAACUCUGGCGCACAAGAGCUUCGGAAGCCUGCCACAGGCGAUGAACACGCUCCUCAUGGCCGGGGCGCUCCCAGACCAGUCCUCGUUGGUCGAAGACGCCGGAGCCGUCCACUUCCUGCUCUAUCCUCUGAUGCUCCUCUACAUGCUCCUGGCCUCCCUCACCGUCAUGAACAUGCUCGUCGGGAUCCUCUGCGAGGUCGUCAGUGUGGUGUCAGCCGUCGAAAAAGAGGAGAUACUGCUGAAGUCCGUGAAGACCCACCUGAAGCAGCUCCUCUUGGACGCCGAGGCCGACGAG